CUGAACCCUUAAACCCUAACCUAGCAUGAGAAGACGAUGGGCGGUUGCCGUCACGGCCAGCAAGCCCACCCCUGGUAUACUAUCAACCUCCUCCUCCUCCAUACGACCCUUCUCUUCUCGGUAUUCCUCCUCCUCCGCCGUCGCCGCUGAAGACUUACUAGCCGAGACCCUGCCACCAGAGAAACCCAGCACCGGCUCGUUUCUCGUUGCCCGCCUAUCCUAUCUCCUCUCCCGGCCGCACUGGCGCAAGAACCGGUCUUUUAAAAAAUUGGCUCGCUCCGUGACCCCGCCCGUGGUCGCCGAGCUGCUCCAGGGCGGUUCCCUCGAUGCCGAGUCGGCGCUCGCGUUCUUCCAAUGGAUCGGCCAGCGUCCAGGAUACCGGCACAGUGUAGAGUCCUAUGCCUCCCUGGUCCACGUACUCCUUCGAUCGAAAUCUCGCUUCCAGGUUGACGAAGUUGUCACCUUUAUGAUUAAAUCGUGUUAUUCCGUCGAGGAAGUGCGCACAGCAUUGGAGACAUUUAAGUUGAUCAACAGAGCAGGUGGCGGUGUCAGAUUCAGGCCCUCUAUUUGGUGUUACAACACGCUGUUGAUGUCCCUCGGCAGGUAUGGAAUGAUCGAGGAGAUGAACGAUAUGUACCGGCAGAUUAAUAAUGAUCAAGUUUUGCCUGACCUUGUUACCUACAAUACGAUGAUCAAGGCCUAUUGCAUGGAAGGGAAUCUGGCUGAAACAAAACAGUAUCUUAGGUGCUUACUGGAAUCUGGUUUGGCUCCAGAUAGAUUUACGUACAAUUUUUUGAUCUUAGGGCACUGUCGGAGCAAGAAAUUAGACAGGGCUUGUUGGAUUUUCUUGAUGAUGCCACAGAUGGGUCGCCGGAGAAACGAAUUUUCAUACACCAUCCUCAUCCAAGGGCUCUGUAAGCACUCUAGGGUAAAUGAGGCUUUGAGCUUGUUCUUAAAGAUGGGAAGUGAUGCAUGUCACCCUAAUGUCCACACGUACACGGUGAUGAUAGAUGGUCUUUGCACGGUGGGAAAGCUUGAUGAUGCUGAGAAAUUGUUGAAUGAGAUUUUUGAUAGAGGUUUGGUUCCUAGCAAUGUGACUUACAAUGCUCUGCUGGAUGGUUACUGUAAGAGAGGGAAAUUUGAAGCUGCUUAUGGGGUUAUGAAGCUAAUGGAAUCAAAUGGUUGCAAGCUAGAUGAAUGGACUUAUUCGAUAGUCAUUCAGAGUCUUUGUAAGGAGAAUAGGCUUGAGGAUGCUGAGGCAUUGCUGAAUGAGGCCAUUGCAAGGGGUUGUGGUCCUAAUGUCUUUACAUUUAGCGCUCUCUUACAUGUAUAUUGCAAGCAUGGGAAGAUUGCUGAUGGUUUGAGAGUUAUGGAACUCAUGGAAUCAAAUGGAUGUAAACCAGAUGCAUGGACUUAUACAAUGAUGAUUGAUGGCCUGUGUAAGGAGAAUAGACUAGAUGAUGCUGUAAAAAUGCUAAGGGAGAUGUUUGAUAGACGUUUGAUUCCAAGUGUUGUCACCUAUACUGCUUUGGUUGGUGGAUUUUGUGAGAGAAGGAAGAUGAACGAUGCACUACAGGUUGUGGAGAUGAUGGAGUCAUAUGGGUGUCAACCAAAUGCUUGGACUUAUACUGAGCUGAUUUAUGGAUUUUGUCUAGAGAGAAACGUGCACAAGGCGAUGAGUUUGUUAUCCAAGAUGCUUGAAGGUGGAUCAACUCCAAACAUAAUCACAUACACCAACUUGAUUAAUGGGCAGUGCCAGGAGGGUUAUAUGGAUGAUGCUCUCAGAUUACUCAACUCAAUGGAGGCAAAAGGUUUGGUCGCUGAUCAGCAGACAUAUACUAUUUUAAUAGAUGCCCUCUGCAAGGACGGGAGAAUUGAUGAAGCUUAUGCUUUAUUUUCCUCUCUUGCCAGAAAAGAUGUAAUUCCAAACAAGGUCAUGUAUACUGCACUAAUAGAUGGCCUAUGCAAAUCAGGAAAGAUUGAUUUUGCUUAUUCCCUGCUUAAGAGAAUGAGUUUAGAUGAUUGCUUGCCAGACACCUUCACCUACAGUGUGUUAAUAGAUGGCUUUUGCAAAGAAAGAAAAUUGCAAGAAGCCUUGUCACUGCUGGGGACUAUGUCCAAAAAAGGUGUAGAGCCUACAGCUGUAACUUUUACGAUUCUUAUUGAUGAGAUGCUCUAUAAAGGGGACUAUGAUCAUGCUAAAAAGAUGUUGAACCAAAUAUUUUCUUCAGGUUGUAAGCCAACUGCACACACUUACACUGCAUUCGUCCAUGCCUAUUGCUGUGAGGGAAGGGUAGAAGAGGCAGAAAGUACAGUAACAGAGAUGAAGAAUGAAGGAAUUCUUCCUGAUUUGGUAACAUAUAACACAUUGAUUAAUGGAUUUGGAACUAUGGGGUACAUGGAUCGUGCAUUUUCUGCUCUCAAGAACAUGAUCGAUUCUGCAUGCCAGCCAAACUACUGGACUUACUCAGUUUUGCUCGAGCAUUUCUUGAAAGGCAAGCAGGAAAACAUUGUCCUUAGUAGUUCAGAAUUGUGGGAGAAAAUAGAUGUAGCAAUAGUUCUGGAGUUUUUAGGGGAGAUGGAACAGUUUGAUUGUGCUCCUAAUCUUGUUACAUAUGGUGCCCUCAUAGCAGGCUUCUGCAAGGUGGCACGGUUGGAAGAAGCAUAUCUGAUGUUGUCUCAUAUGAAAAAAGGAGGUUUAUUACCCAACGGAGACAUCUAUAACUCUCUCAUUAUUUGUUGCUGCAAGUUAAACCGGUAUAUGGAGGCAUCAACUUUUAUGAACUCCUUGUCAGAAUGUGGCUAUCUUCCUCAGUUGGAAUCCUACCAGGUUCUUCUUUCAGGGCUCUGUGAUGAAAGAAACUCUGAGCAAGCUAAAUUAUUUUUCUGUGACUUAAUGGGUAAAGGUUAUAAUCCUGAUGAGGUUGUAUGGAAAGUUCUCAUUGAUGGUGUACUUAAAAAAGGUUAUGUGAAUGAAUGUUCUGAGAUGUUUACAAUCAUGAAGGAAUUGAACUGCUAUCCUACUCCUCAGACACUUGCUCUGAUGGCCAAGUACACUUCUGAACUAAGUCAGGGGGAAACAAGCAUACUGGAGAAAUGAUCCUUCUUAAUUGGCAUCUUACAUGGUAAUUCCUGUGGCAACUUUUAAAUGUUCCCUUCCCUUGUAUGGAUACUUAUUGGUGGAAUUACACCGGAAGACUUAUGAAGCAUCCUUGUGAUGGUGUCAGAUGUCCUUCAAAGAACUGUCUUGAGACUGAUAGUAUCCUGUGAUAGUAAACCAACCUUGACAUCUGAAUAGGUACAAGGGCACAGGUAUCUACUCAGACUAAACUGCACAAGUUCCUGCCUACUUGUAUGAGGCUGUUGCAAUGUACGGCAGCAAUUUACAAAGGGGAGUCCAGGAAAUGGAAUCCACACUGGAGCAGUGUUCAUAUUUUCCAUCAUAGGUUGGAAAUUGGCCUUCCAAGGCAUGAUGAGAUAUGCAUAUGAUGGUCACGAGUAGCCAAGAUAGAUGCAUUGGUAGUUGGAAGAAACACAAGCAAAACAAACUCGAAAUGUGGUAAUGUCUUGACUCAGGUUAGCUGCUCUUCACUCUAAAAAAUAAACUGAUACAUUUGUUAUUCCUGAAAUGAUGACAUCAUUCCUUCAUAUGGUUGUUUUCAUUUCUUUUGGUUUAUGUUCAACUCAAUUUACAGAUGUUCCUUGUGUUCUAGUUGUUAUUUCAGAUGAGUGGAUUAUUUUUGCCCUAGUAUAUUUUGGCUGGUCGAAGAGAGCGAAGGGAUAGUAAUAAAAUGUUCUUUUCAAGUCUGUCAUAGGAGCUGAUAACCUUGUCUUCUUUUUUCUUUUCCCAAUAUUGGUGUCCAAGAUUCUUCGGAGCAAUUCAUUAAAUUCUGACAAGUUUAUUCUUCAAAAGCUUGUGAAUAGCUUAGACUCCUGAAUAUUUUGUUGUAGCAUUGACAGUCUUACACUGGUUAUUAUUCCGAUUAUUGUUACUAACAUGGGCUUUCCCUUUCAAGAUAUUAUUGGAGAUGGUGAGAACAUAUCAGAUUCCUUGGAAAAUUAUGCUUCUUAAAUUCUUUGAAUUGACUGGUUAAGUUCUUGAGGUUUUGGCUUUGCAAAUAAAGAGGUUUAACAAUUAUCACAAUGUGUCCUAGGUUAGUUAUUUCUUCUUUGAAGAACUUUGCUCUGAAUGGCACUUGCAAAAAAAAUUUCAUAAGGAAAUAAUUUAAACUUUAUUUUGAGAAAAAGUAUGAGGUGGUAAUAGUGGUAAUACUCAGUGACUAGGAGCAGUGUUAAAUCUUUAAAGGAAUACUGAAACGGAUGGCCCAAACCAUGAUAACAAGUAAAAUUGCAAUGAACCAUUUCUUGAAAAGAAUCUGUGUUGGGGAUCUAUAAAUGAAAUAUUCACAAGCAAGGUACCUAGGAGGACGAUAAAAGGGUCUCCUGAAGAAGGCCUUAAGAACAACAGCAGCAAUAACAACAACUAGUUGUAAUGACAGUAGCGAUAACAACUAGUUGGAAUGACCCAACUAUUUGAGAUCAGCUAUGUAGAUCUUUUAUCGUCAUUGAGCACCAUAAAUCUAGAGUGAUUACCUUAUGUAUGAUUAAUUGCACAUUAUCAGGCAAUACUAGAGUGAUAACUUAGUUGAUCAUGCUAAGUAUCUAUAUCAUGAAUGCGUCGUUUUAGUGCUAACAUUAACUUAUAGCAGUUCAUGCAGGACAUGGGACCAACAGGCUUUUUGGUAGACCUGUUCUUCCUAGAGGGUCCUCACGAUUGAGAUAAGACUUUUUGGUAGGACAUUCAGCUUUGGAAACUUCCAUGUUUGAUUACAAGAGGAGUAUCGGAAGGACAGUUAAGAUUCUGAUGCCUCUUUGCAGCAGAUCUCCUGAUACACGUCUCGUAUAGAUUGCAGGAAUUCUCAGUUACUCAACUCAACACUGCACUCACUUCUGCAGCUUGUGCUUCCUCACAACUGCACACCGGAGCUAGUUGGUUUCCCGGACAAGAUUGAAGACUUUCGACCUAGUAGAUUGGAAAAACAAUAUGGAUGCAGUUGCCUCCAAGUUAUAUCAUUUAUUAGUUCCUUUCUGGCAAUGAUACAAGAUGGGGACCAGCUUGAUUGCUUUGGAAAGUUGAACCUCCUCCAAAGUCUGCUGUGAAAAAUGUGUUUUUUCCUCAAAAAAUAUAUAUAUAUGAUGGAUAACGGCCAAAGCCUGGAUUUCGAGCAGUUUCUUGUGAACCCUCUCUGCGUUGAGCUGAUCGGGAUCAAGUAUGUAAUAAUAUACCAAUCAAUCCGAAUUUAUCAAUCAUCCUUCGUUCAUAAGCAGUUCAGUGUCCGAUGGAUUCUUGCUUUUCUGGCUGAUACUGUAGUGGGAAUUAAAGCUUUUGUCCUAAAGCUGGACAGCAAAUGCAACUAUUUUGCUUCUUCAUGCCUGUUGCAAUCGAAUGACAUGUUCCAUUUACUAUCUCAAAGUUUUGAUUAAGCA